GAAUCCCACAUCGUGAAUUUUCAGAAACAAAGUCGUGAUUUGGUUUUCUUUCUCCUUAAAAGAGUUUUUUUUUUUCCGACCAGAAAACGGUAAGUGGAGGAGCUAUGCAAUUGUUUGCGCUAAAUCCAGCAGCCAUGUCGGCGCCACGAAACCUAAGCCUUGAGCCUUUUUUUCCUCGUCCUCUCGUCUUCUUUCUUCUAGUCAGAUUUUGAGCUCUCAUCGCGCUUUUGGUCUCCUAGCUAGGCCUAGUUAUGGGUUCCGAGGAUUAUCUCGAUCUCAAGGUGCUGGAAGAAAUCAGGCCUUACUUAAUCGGAACAGCAGAUGGGUCGCUUAAGCUGGUGGAGAUCGAAGAGCCGAUCGUGAAGAUCAGAAUCACAGGACCUGCUGCUGGAGUGAUGACAGUACGAGUAGCAGUAACACAGAAACUCAGAGAGAAAAUUCCUGCAAUUGCAGCUGUUCAACUUAUAUAAACACGAUCUCCUUUCUUGUAUCUGUCUUUCUUUUCUUUUGUAUUACUAGCCUCCUUGUAUAACCUAUAGGUAUUGUGUUUAAUAUUCGAUAUUUGUCUCCAAAUUAUGUUAUGAACAUUUUUGGUAACCAUCAUUUCUAAUCAC